CGCAGAUAUUUUAUCGGUAGUGAGGCAACCUACUUAUGAAUAUGCAAGUAGGUUACCUAUUUAUGACCAUUAACUAGCUGUAAAGCUACAACACUAUCAUAAGUCAUUGACAUAAAUUGUCAACGACUAGCACUGACUAUAUAUCUAGCUUCUAUGCACACUAUCACAUUAUUACGAUAAAUUCUCUCAUUUUAAUAAUUUUUCAUCUUAUCACAAUUCCUAACUCAACAGCUGCUUAAAAAAAGUAUUCAAUCACAAACUUAGUUCCUUUCCAUCGUCCACAAUGAUAGCUAGCUGCUUAAAAAUUAUCAUUAUAACUAUUAUUUACUGUGAAACUGUAACUGCUGACUUAAUAUUAGGUCAGCGAUGUCGUCAGAAAGACAACACUUUAGGAAUUUGUUUAAAAAUCAAUGACUGCAAACCAGUCAUGGACAUUAUAAGAUCUGGACAAAUUCGUUCGAAUCCACCAACAGUUUGUAGUCAAACUGCUAGAACUGUGUGUUGUCCGGUUGCUGUACCAACAACAAUCACUAGCACGUCCUCAACGACAACAAAUCAUCCGAUGAGAAUAAGUGAAAAGAAAUGUCGAGAAUAUGCAAGAGCCACAGUUCAAAAAAUCUUUGUUCAAUCUCUUCUCAUCGGAGAGCAGCAAAAUGAAGUAAUAAUAGACAAAUGCAAGCAUAAAUCAGUCCCGUUGAUUGUUGGUGGAACUGAAGCUGAUCUGUACGAAUUUCCACAUCAAGCAUUAUUAGGCUACAAUGAUGGUGAUCCUGGUGAAUGGGGAUGUGGCGGCUCUUUAAUAUCUCCAAAAUUCGUCCUUACUGCCGCUCAUUGUCUCUACCCCCGAAGCUACGGUGCCGUCAAAUUCGUUAAACUUGGCAUGCACAGUCGAGCUCAAAAUGACGAUAAAGUUUUUAUUUAUGGCGUUCAAGAAAUAUUCCAACAUCCAACUUACAGCACUAAAACCUUCAAUGACGACAUUGGCUUAUUGAGAUUAAAUGCAACAGUGACCAUUAACGAAUUAAUUUUUCCAAUUUGCAUGCCAACGAUGCUUCAUGAGAAUUAUAAUGCAAUAGCUUCUGGCUUUGGCAGAACGGGUUAUGGUGAGUCGUCGUCAGAAAUAUUAUUGAAAGUUGGACUGGAAAAAUUUGAAUAUGAGGAAUGUCAGGAGGCCUUCGGUAAAUCAAUUAGAGUGAGGAAUGAUACAAUGUUGUGCUAUGGACAUCACUCGGAGAAUAAAGAUUCGUGUAGUGGUGAUUCUGGUGGACCUCUUCAGAUUAGAAAUGACAAGAAAGUACCAUGUACUUACACUCAAAUUGGAGUUGUAAGCUUUGGACUAAAAAUGUGUGGAACGAUUGGAAAACCAGGCGUAUACGCUAAUGUCUUUCAUUAUCUCGACUGGAUUGAAAAUAUUGUAUGGCAGGAUGAGGAAUAGAGAGCACUAAGCAUCAUUCAAGAGAGAGCGAUCGAAAUUUUGUAUAGCUUAAAACAGUGUUGCCCAAACUAUUUUUGAUUUAUGCCACAACCUUUAAAUGAUUCUUUGAUGUAUGUGGCAAUUGAAAGGACUCUCAGGGCCACGGAACAUAGUUUGCACAACACUGACUAAUAAUAUUAGUAAUCAAUCAUUAAAAAAACACGCAUCAAACUUAUGAAUGUCUAGGUUAACUUUACAUGCAUCUGUUUACACUUUUCCCUUUCCUGAUUAUAAAAUAAAAAUUAUUGAUGACUUAAUGUCAAUCCUAA